AUGGCUCUAACUCCCAUGCCUUAUGAGCGUGCUAACCGCUCUUCCAAUGGGCCAGUAACGACUUUGAGUAAGGAGGCGGUGCGUGAUAUGUUACGUGUGGGUCAUUUGGGACUUGGAAAGACUAGCGCUUUGCAAUUGGGAAGAGUCUUGAGAAAUGAAGGCAUCCAAUUUCCUGAAGGAGGACUGAAAAAAGCCAUGGAAGAGAAAUGGGAAGUCUUUGGACCGAUGUUCACGUACGAACAUCUUCUUCUGGAGCGAGAGCGUAAUUCAGAGGCUUGCUCCACUCCUUUCGGUCUCUGCACUGAUGUAAAUCUUCUUCUCAAUACGGUCACUGACGGCGAAGCUCAUCACAUCACCAGGCUCAAGUUCCAGUUUGAUGGUGGCCAACAGUUCUUAAAGCUCUCGGUCAACAUUGUUAGCAUGGAAGAGGGAUCCAGUUACGUUGCUAGCCCAAACAGUGUGAUGAAAAACUUUCUGAUAGGUAUGGGGCAAGCUUCGGAAAGCAGCCACAACCUUAAAGAACUGUUCCGUUAUCAGUCAGUUCGGAGACUUUUCGACUUGGCUAUACCGAAGCAGGUGGCGUGCGAUCUGAAGGUUUCUGCGAUGAUGGUUGGGAUCCAGACAGCAGCGAGCAAGUAUCCCUGCCCCUUUUGUCUCUUCCUCAACGGCAACAAGUGCUGUGGUACGCCAGCUACAGCUAGAGGCUGGGAUCAACACAUGAAGGACUUGAACGGUCGUGAGCACAACGUCAUUGGUGAACCAGUUUUGCAGUGGGACAAGUCUCCCAUGGAGGUUUUGUCCUUGUCUCCGCUACAUCUUCUACUUGGCUUGACUAACAAGGCAUAUAGUGUAGCAAGACCCACUGAGGAGAGUGCCAGGCUGUAUAAGCGCCACUGCCUGGCCUUGAAGAAGGAGGGGAUCAAAAGGUCUACAUACUUUGAUGGAGCUCUUGAAGGAAAUGCCUGCUCGCGGCUGCUCGAUGCUGUGUCCCACAAUGGUAUUCCUUUUGCCGCAGAUCGUGCAAAAGUGGUUGUAGUCUUGAAAGCCCUGAAAGAAGUUAAGGACUCUUGCUUAGGUCUGGAACGCAGGAACUCGUGGAAGGAGGACCUAGACCAUUUCCGUCAGAGCUGGACUGCUGCAGGCCUUCGCUGGUCUUUGAAAGCCCACAUCCUUUCUGACCAUGUGGUCGAGUAUCUCGAGCACUACGAACCAUCAAGUGGUGCUGGUUUGGGGUUAUCGUCCGAGCAAUCCGGCGAGACAUUGCACUCACGGGUGCAACGCCUUUGGGACCUCAGGUUCAAGGUUAACCCCGAUAACAGCAAGUUCCCGAACCGUUUAGUUGAUUGUACGGUAACGUACAAUUGGAAUAUCGAUUGGGAUCAUGCCAGCAGGGAUGAUAGUCGCAGUGAUGUUGUUCCCGCUACUGGGUCGGACAUGUGUACAUCGUCUUCCGAGCCUGACUACCCGUCUAGUGGUGGGCUAUCAGAGGACAGCGAUUCAGAGUAG